CUAUCUUCCACACCACUGCUUUCUUGUCGAAUAUGGCUGACGUAGAACGGCUGCACUCAAAGGACAAGCGGCCCCAUGAUAAAGAACACAAGAGCAAGAAAAGGCAUAGAGAUGAAGUCGAGUCCGAGAGGAAGAAGCGGAAACGCAAGGAGAAGGACGCGAAGGUGCAGAUCGUCGACGAGGACCCGGACGACGACGAUAUGUGGAUAGAGAAGAAUAUUGACAUGGACGGGGAGCAGCCUUUAGCUACGGACAUACCAACCGCGGAGAGCCUCAAGCUCACUUCAAGGGCCAUCGAAGAGCCAUCUGACCCGCCGCUUCCGCCUCCACUACGGACAGAGACUGCGCUCAAGCGUGAUGACUGGAUGCUCAUGCCUCCGACCGCUCCCUCCGUCCCCACCGUAACUUCAACUGCUCACACACCCAACGGCGACGAGUCUCUGACGGACGACUACGGCGAGCCUGAGCAGAACCAACGUAGACUCGACGGCGGCGUUGACUUCUUCUCCAGUCUGGGUACUGAGAGGAAGAAGAAACCUGCCCCAGAGAAACCCGAUCCAGAAAAGCCGAAGAUCAGCUACCGCGAACUAAACCCAGACAUCAACCCCAACGCCGACUCCAGCACCUUUGCCGCGACGCCCAAAGCCAUCACCCCCGGCGGGCCCGGCUCGCAGUGGCGCAUGAUGAAGCUCCGGCGCGUGUACGAGACCGCGGAGGAGGAGGGACGCCCCGUCGAGCAGGUCGCGUUGGAGCGCUUCGACUCGCUCGAGGCGUUCGAGCAGGCGAAGGAGGAACGACGCGUCCUCGACGAGCGCGAGGGACGGCGGCAGGGACGCAGGGACAAGGGCAAGGAGAGGCAGGGCGUGGGGGAAAGCGCGCAGCGAUUCAUGUUCACGGAUAUUGCGGGGAGCGGCGCGUCCAGCCGGAGCUCGUCCUUCCGCCGCCCGGGCGGGUUUGACGACAGCAGGCCCGCGACGCCCUCACCCGCCAAUGCGGGGAGCCGGAGUCGUACAGACAGGCUGAGGGACCAAGGCGGGAUGGGCACGCCGCUCGCGCAGUCGCACACGCCCAUCCCGAGCGUGGUGACCCCGCAGGUGGGCGUGCGCACAAGCAAGAGCCGCGCGAUGUCGCCGUCGUCGCUCAACCGCCUACAGGCGAAGGUGUUGCGGGCCAAGCUGAUGGGGGCCCCGGAUGCGGCGGAGCUCGAGAAGCAAUAUGAGGAGGAGCAGAGGAAGGCGCAGGAAGAGGGAGGCGCGGAGGUAAAGGUGUUGCCGACAUUGGAUGCCAGGGGCAGGUUGUACGAUGUUGGAACUGGGUCGAGUGCGGAUGAUAGACCACUGGGUCCGGGUAAUCGUAAGAAAAGGGAGAAGGUGGAGACUCGAGACCCGAAGACAGGAGAGCUUGUCAGGGUCAAUGCGGAUGAUGACAAGCUCACCUUGGGCGAGAUGCUACGACAAGAAAGGUUUGGCGCUGGUCCUGCGGACCAGAAGAACCUGGAUAUGCAGUUUGCGAAUGCUAUCGCGACUGAUGGCGGCUUCCAGGACAAUAUCGACUACUUGGACGAGAACGUAGAGAAGCUGGCCAGGCAGAAGAUGCGGUCGGAUGCCAUGAAGCGGCAGUUCGCAAUUCAUGAUUACAAGCGUACUCAGCAAGCUCUCGCGACGUGUCCGUUCUGUUUCGGCGAGGAUGACUCGCCGCCUAAAGCCCCCGUCAUAGCUAUGGGCACGCGUGUAUACCUGUCUUGCACUCUGAAUGAAGAGUUAGUACCCGGGCACUGUCUCAUCGUUCCUAUACAGCAUCAUCUAGCGAUGCUCGAGGGCGACGACGACGUCUGGGACGAAGUUCGGAACUUCAUGAAAUGUCUCAUGAAAAUGUUCGCCGAGGAGGAUAGAGGUGUCAUAUUCUACGAGACUGUCGUAUCUUUCAAGCAGCAAAGACAUACGUACAUCGAAUGUGUGCCCCUGACAUGGGAUCGGUAUGACGAGAUACCUGGUUAUUUCCGCGAAUCCAUCCUUGCAUCCGAAGUCGAGUGGUCAACUCAUAAGAAACUGAUCGACUUCUCUGCGCGGCCUGGCGGCUUCCGGCGUGCCAUGGUCCCGAACUUACCAUACUUUAUGGUCCAGUUCGACCAUAAAGGCGAGAAAGGAUUCGGGCAUGUUAUUGAGGGCACGUCAGAAGCUACUGAUGCAGGUGAGGAUGACGGGGCCCUUGACGAAGGCGCCAAGGGCGGCGGUGAAUUCCCUAGAUACUUCGCUGCAGAGAUCAUUGGGAACCUGCUGGACUUGGAGCCUCGAAGGUGGAUGAAGCCCCGAAGGAUCGAUUUCAGUCAGAAUAAACGCAGGGUUGCGGAAUUCAGAAAGAAUUACGAUAAAUAUGACUGGACUGGUAUGAUAGGAAAGUCGUAAACGCAUCUGUAUUCUUGUAUGUCUCCACAAUGGAACAUACAUAUUAGCUUCUCUGAAUUGAUUAUUGCACUUGCAUGUGAAUCGG